CCUGCCCCGACUUCCUGAGGGCGGGCGGGCCCAAGAUGGCGCCGGGCCGCUGGCGCCAGGGGCGGUGGAUCAUCCGCGCUCUGCUGCUCGUGGCGCUGCUGGGUCCCGCCGCCUGCUUUUCUUCCUCCUUCUACAGCCCCGGCGAGCCGCGGAGCAGCGUGCGAGUGCUGUGCGGCUCCAACUGGAGCCUGGUGUUGCAGGGCCAGUGGAUGUUGGAGUUUUAUGCUCCUUGGUGUCCAGCCUGUCAGCAGAUGGAGGUGACCUGGGAGAGCUUUGCCAAGGAGAGCGAGCGGCUCGGCAUCACCGUUGGGAAAGUGGAUGUCACUCAGGAGCCAGGCUUGAGUGGUCGUUUCUUUGUCACAACACUUCCUACAAUUUACCAUGCCAACGAUGGAGUGUUUCGCAGAUACCGCGGCUCCCGCACCUUGGAGGAUCUUCAGGGCUACAUCUUGGAGAGGAAAUGGGAAGCUGUGGAGCCUGUAGCAGGAUGGAAGUCUCCAUCUUCUAUAAUGAUGCAUGGCAUGGCAGGGCUGUUUCACUUCUCGGGAUGGAUCAGGCAAAUUCAUAACUACCUCACUGGCACUCUUGGAGUUCAUGUUUGGAUUUCCUAUGCCAUCUUCAUCUUAGCUACCUUACUGGUUGGCCUGCUCUUGGGUUUGGUCCUGGUUUUGAUUUCAGACUGCCUCUGCCCAGCCAAGUCAAAACACAGAGCUGAAACACCUGAAGAAGCAAUCAGCAAGGAGAACGCGGAGAACGCGGCGCUGGAGCAGCCGGACGAGGCCGAGCAGCUCUCCGCCGACGAGGCUGCCGACGUCAAAGAUCUCUCAGAUGGAGAAGAUGCAGCAAACUCGAGUGCUGAUGAGUCAGAGGAGGAUUUAGCACUUGGAAAAGAAUCAGGGGGAGAAGAAACGGAAGACUUGAGCGAGCAGCCUUUAGCUGAAUCAGAGACUGAAAGCACAGUGAGGCAGCGGAAGAGUCAGGGCGCUGAGAAGGAGCUAUAGCUUCCCCAGCGGUGUCUCUUGUACACUCGGACCAAAGACGUGUCAGACCCCUCCAGGGUCUGAAGCUGGAGCUCACACUUGAUUUGUCGUUGGUGUUUACGCAAAGCUCUGCUCUGCCAGCAGGCUCCUCUUUUUUUAAGCUUAGUACUUGCUUACUUUCUUUGAUAAGCACAUUUGCUGUGUGUUGUGUGACCUUAGCCGUGACAAUCAGAAUCAGUGUCUUAUCUGUUCUAUGUCCUCUGAGGAAAAGGGGGUGUCAGCCUCAGUUCAGCAGCUCUGAAAUGAUCAUUUGUGUGUGUGUCCCUCUAAGGACUGACCUGAGCAAGAUCAGGACUUUUAACUCCACAGUAGCUUGGCAGGACUGUGACUUUUCUGUCUGAAUGUUGAUUGUUCCCAAAUGCCACAGAAGCACAGAGACAAUUCACUAGUGAAAGGAGGCACUUUACUGGUCUUCUAUCAGAAAUGUUGUGUACCGUGGGUUUGUUUUUAUCACUUUCAGCUGAAGCACCUUUCUCUUCCAUUUGUGUUUGUUUUGGAAGUUGAUUCUGCAGCUCACCCCCAGAUGUGUCAGUUUUUGGUGAUCCAGAGGCUGUGCAGCUUGAGUUGUUUGACCCAAGGAGUUGGAGUAAUUAAAAACAUCAGGCAGAAAGAGAGUGGCAGCUAAAUGUUUGAAGUGUGUUAGAACUUUUAGAAGGUUUAAAGGAAAUCAUUUUGGUCAGGGGGAAAUUUUGCCAAAGCACAACUGCUUCUUUUUCUUUUGGUAAUUUAUUCCCAUCAGGAGAUUGCAGCAGGAAAUGCUCACUUUGGAGUCAGUAAAUUGUGUUUAUCUUGCCAGUACAAGUUUGUCAUGUGCAGUGCAGUCCUGCCAUUCCCAACUCGGAAUGCUUUUGGCAGAGCUCAAGCUGCUUUAGUCAUGCUGUCUGAAGAGACACUUGGGGUUUGACCUUUGAUCACUUUUCUACUUUUGGAAUCACCACUUUGGGGAAAGAGAGGGGACAGGUGGAGAGUGGUGAGGAGCUUUGGGUUCUGCUGCUUCUGUCAGAGCAAACGUGCACGUGUUGAACUGUGUAAAGUGAACAUGGCUCGUCAGGUAGACAGCAUUAGGUGUGGUUAGACUUGGGUCAUUACACAUAUCAGUGUAUCACUCCUUUGGGUUAAUAUGUAAGUCUUUUUUGGUGAGGAGUGCCCUCCGUGAGAUCCUGUAUGUUCCUGCUUUCUUGAUGUAUGACCAUGAACAGAAGAUGUGUCCUAAUCUUGAUAUUAUUUUAAAAUAUAUAUAUAUAUAUGUUGCAUAAACCUUGCUAGCAUGCAUGAAUUUCAUCUUGUUCUUCAAGAAUGAAGAGUGGUCAGAGGUGAGGUCAUCUCUUAUUAGAAGCUGCAAAUGCAAAAUGCUGGUUUCCUUUGAGACUGAGAUUAAUAGGGGCAAUUUGUGUUGAAAGCUGUUUUGUUGUUGUUUUUUAAUGCUUACAAAGAACGUAAUUGCCAAGAAAGCUCAGCUUUCCCUUCUAUGUCCUGUCUCAUAUGUUUUCAAACUUUAUGGUAGAAGCUCUGCAUUUGUCUGGUAGAGCUGCUCAAAGAAGAAAAUGACACUGCAUAUCCUGAAUUUGAUUGUCUUAAGGAGUACUCCCAGUCUGGAGUUUGAUUCCCAUGUAGUGGACCCCUCUAAAAGUGCUUUCAUGUGGGUGGAAACACAGACUGGAUGAUAUCUACACAUUGCACUGUCUUGAGAAGAGCUCGUGGUGUUUGGCUGUUGUCCUGUGUAAGUGAGCAGGGGUAAAGCUGGCCCAGCAGCAGGUGAGGCACACAGCAGCCUGGUAAAAGCUACACUUCUCUCAGCAGAGACCAGGAGAACUUUGUGGCCACUACAGAGAAGAGAAGAGCAGUGCCCUUGGAAGACAAAAAGGUGUUCUCACAAGAGCUGGGUUUCCCUGUGGAUUUCACAAGCAAACAAGCCCAUGAAUGGCACUUUGUCCUAAAAGGCACAUGGCCUGUGAGAUGCUGUGGCAGAGAUCAGAAGCCCCUUGGUGUGGUGGGUCUGAAUUCUCUGCUCACGUUUGCUCUGUUGUGGCAUGUCACAACAGCUGGGUUUGGGUUAUUAAAACCAAAGAUAGGAAGUGUUUUCCAUCAUGGCAGACUGAGCUGUAAGAGCACUGAUGAGCAGGGGUUAAGUAAGCAGGCAGCAGGUGACAGCAGCUUAGAUCUGUCUGGUGAAUGUAGAAAUGAGCUUGGUCAGGCUUCUGAGGGCUCUUGAGCAGAGGAUGGAUGUUGUUCCUGUGUUUUCAUCAGUAAAGUAGAGAGUAUUAGUGGUGGCUGGGUUUGACCCUAUUUGAUGGGUGUUGGUGGAUCUUACUGCAAAGAUCACUGAACUGUGGUUAAGGCUUUGCUUAGAAAAGGUGAUACUGUGCAACCAUGGAUCUCUCCAACUUAAUUUUACAUUUGUAGGAAAAUUACUGUAGUGUGAUACUGGAGUUAGUCAGUUUUGACUAAUAUUUAUCAGGGAAACAGCAGGCAGCAAACACUGUAAAGGCUAAAUUGGUGUUUAACAGAAAAACUAUUAGCUGUGCAGUAGAAGUGUCAUGUUAAUAUACCUUCCAGGAUCAGGUAUUUUUCCACUGAAAAGCAUUUUCAUUGAAUCAUGAGAGUAGUGCUAAUUGGACUAUGACAGUAGUUUUAAACUUGGUGUGUUUCCAAACAGUCAGGAUCAACCUUUUGUGCAAUCUGGGUGUACUGUUAUCUCUGUUCUGUGAGGAUUAAUCAUGAAGAAAUGGAAUUUGUUCUUGCAACCUCAGUAUAGACAAAAGGGCCUUGGAGAAGCUGCUGUUGGCACUGUUCAAAAUGUUUUGAUGGAGGACAGUGCCUUAAGGCUUGUGAACUGGAGCUGUGUGUCAAAAUUAAUUUAAAAUUGUUGAGAAGCAAUUUAAAUAUCAAUUGGGCUGCAUGCCACUGGAAUGGGAAUGCUUAACAGCAGCUCAUGGAAAGAAAUCUGGCAGGUUCCUUUUUCAAGAGGCUGGAAAUCCAUCCAGCAUUCCAAACCUCCUGUCCUUGGGAUCUGUGUGAAACCUGUAUGUGUGUCUUGGAAUGCUCUGUAUCUACUGCCCCUGUGGGAGUGGCACGUGUUAUGUGGGUUUUCUUCUUGGAAAUGUUAUACAGGGUUGUCUGUUACAUGAAAGUGUUGCAAAUUUAUACUUAGGCAUAUUUUUACUGAAAUGCCACAUAAAAUUUUGUAUUUAUGA